AGGAACCUAAUUCCGCUCUAUGGGACAUCAGAGAAAUCUUGACCAUUGUGCCACUGUCCGAGUUUCCUUGACAACUUAUAUGCUGGUCACUCCGUCUGGUCACCUCCCUCAGGUCAUCAGGCCGUAACAGUCCCGAAUUAGCCACCUCCGUUUGUCACCCUUCCCGCCAGGAGUGAUGUAUGGGACUAAGCGGACGACUUGUCAUCAUUGCGCUGGAAGCAUUUACUCUUGUGUGUUACCUGGCAGAUGAACAGUGUACAGUCAGUGUGCCGGGCUGGUAGACCAGGGACAAUGUACACCUGGGGAGUGCUCCUCCUUCUCCCUGCCCUCCUGCUACAUACCCCCAGCGUCCAGGGGGACAAGCCAGAGUUCAGGAUUGCCUGGAUGGCACCCAAGCAGGAGUACAACAAGUUCAGUGCUGCCACUACUGUGAAUGCCUUAAAGUUGGCCUUGUUAACAAUUCAACAGAAAUACCUCAGAGGAUAUCAGAUACGGGUGAAAUGGUACGACAGUGACUGCAACUCCAAGGCCGCUCUCACUUCCGCUGUCGACGCCAAGAACAUGUUUGACCCCCAUCUCUUCCUGGGACCCCCGUGUUCUACAGGCAUGCGCCCCGUGGCUCAGUUGGCGUCCUACUGGAACAUCCCCGUGUUUGGCUGGGUCUCCAACGACCACGACCUAAGGAACAGGGACAUCUACUCCACUCUUAUCAGGCUCCUCGGACCCCUCAACCAGUUCUCCACGACGAUGCGCUACGUCUCCAGUAUGUUCGACUGGAAGCGUUACGCCAUGAUCCACGACAAAGAAGCAUCCUACAAGUCGGUGUACGAAGCUCUGGCUGGAGACGCAACCAACUUCUUCACAUCCACGCACUCUGUGAGCCCGAGCAUGGACGACGACCAGAUCAAAGAGAUCUUCCUCCAGGUCAAGAAGUACGCCCGAAUCAUCAUCUUCGCCGUGCCGUGGUUGACGAUGAGGAAGUACAUCCUGGUGGCUCACCGACUGGGGCUCACGACGGGGGAGUUCGCCUUCAUCUGCAUCAAUGGAGACGUGUAUUCGGGCGAGACGCUCGAGGCAGAUGUUUUAUCAGACCGUGUGUGGCGUCGGAACGAUUCCUUUGAUGAAGAGGCCAAGUUUGCGUUCGAGUCCGUCAUCCAUGUUAUUCUUGUUGGCCAAGAACAGCAGACUUACAAAAAGUUCAAGAACCACGUUCAGAAGAUGAAUUCAAUGACGAAUGAGUUGUGGGACAUUCCCCAAGGCUCGGACCAACUGGACGCCUACGCCCCCUUCUUGUAUGACGCCACGGUGCUGUGGGCGAUCUUAGUCAACCGGUCAAUUGUAUUGGGAGGGGAUCCAAGAAAUGGAAGCCAUAUGUUCUCCAUGGCACAAGGCGUACAGACCACUGGUGUGACGGCUAAUUUGGUUCUCGACAGCUUCUGUGACCGACUGGUCAACAUCUGGUUGCUGGACAUGCAGGAAGACGGCAACUUCACCACCAUUACCGAGAUCUACAACACCCUCAACGGCGGAAUGGUUUUCUCUAAACUAGAGAAGACGAUCAGAGUGAGAUGGCCCGACGGGAAGGUGGGACAGGAGAACGCUCCACCAGACAUACCUACGUGUGGAUUUGAAGGGGAGAAAUGCAAGAAAGAUCCAGACUCCCACGACCUCGGCUACGCUGACACCAUCACAGGGGCGGCAGCAGGGUCGUCGGUCGUCCUCAUCAUCGCCAUCGCCGUGCAGGUGUCACUCAGACGUUACCGACGUCGCCGGCAGCUGGAGAGUAUGUUGUGGCAGGUUAAGUUUGAGGAGAUAGACUUCGUCACAGCUAUUCUCUGUGGCAGCGUCAGGUCUAGCUUCAAGAAUCUAGCCCGUCGUUGGAAUUCUAAAACCGCUAAGGGAGUGGCGAAGACACGCGAUGUUGUGAGUUGUGCUGAUUCCUACACAGACUCUCCAAGGUCACUUCACUGUACGGAGACUGGCACCACCAUGUUUGGUUCCGUCGCCUACAUCAGAGGGAGCCUGGUGUCCGUCAAGAGGAUGUCCAAGAACAGCGUCAGCCUCACCAAGGAGGUCCUGCAGGAACUCAACCAGUUGAUGGAACUGAAGAACCAGAACGUCUGUGCUUUUGUUGGCGCAUGCGUAGAUCCAGGAAGAAUUUUGCUGCUGUGGGAAUAUUGUGCGAAAGGCAGCUUACAGGACAUCAUCUGGAACACGAACAUCAAGCUGGAUCAGCUCUUCAAGUUCGCCCUGUGCCAGGACGUCGCCAAGGGUCUGGAAUACAUCCAAAAAAGUCCUGUAAAUUACCAUGGCAACCUGAAAAGUUCCAACUGUGUCGUGGACAGUCGGUGGACAUGUAAACUCACGGACUUCGGGGUUCCUAAAAUCAGAUCGAUGGACAAGGCGUCGAUACCCUUCGAGGAGAACGCAGACAAGGACCUAUGGACGGCCCCUGAGGUCCUGCGAGCCGACAGGAACAUAGAUUUUCAGAAGGCGGACAUAUACGCCAUCGGCGUCAUCAUGAAGGAGGUGUUCACCCGGUCCGGCCCCUACACCGAGUACCCCUUCUUCUGUUCAUCAGAAGUCGUCCGACGAGUUCGUGACCCUCCGUCGCACAAUCGGUUCCGUCCGUCGGCAGCACGUGAGCUUCGCCAGCAUCCUGACCUAGCGGCCCUGAUCGAGGAUUGCUGGAGUGAGGACCCCAGUGCUCGUCCCUCCGCCCCGAGGGUAGUCAAGUCUCUCACGAGGAUCAAUCCAUCCAAACACAUGACGAUGAUCGACAACAUGAUCGCCAUGUUGGAGAAGUAUGCCAACCAUCUGGAGGAGCUUGUGGCGGAGAGGACGAGUGAGUUGGACGCGGAGAAGGGGAAGACGGAGAACCUGCUGUACAGGAUGCUGCCACAGUCCGUGGCCGAGGACCUCAAGUUGGGUAAACCGGUGAAGGCGGAGAUGUUUGACCAGGCUACGAUAUACUUCUCAGAUAUAGUGGGCUUCACCAAGAUCUGUGGCGAGAGUACACCCAUUGAGGUCGUCAACUUCCUCAACGCACUGUACACACUCUUUGAUGACAUCAUCACUCACUAUGACGUGUACAAGGUGGAGACAAUCGGGGACGCCUACAUGAUAGCAAGCGGUCUGCCGAUGAGGAACGGCGACAACCACAUCAAGGAGAUCGCCGACUGUGCCAUGGACAUCCUCGCCUCCACCGCCACCUUCACCAUACCUCAUCUACCAGACAGACCCCUCAAGAUACGUAUAGGAAUCCACACAGGGUCGGUGGUUGCAGGAGUUGUUGGUCUAGCGAUGCCUCGGUACUGUUUGUUUGGAGACACGGUCAAUGUGGCCUCCAGGAUGGAGUCAACCGGGUUCCCCAUGAAGAUCCACCUGAGCUCAGUCGCCCAUGACAAGCUGGUGUCUCGGUUCGCUGGCUACCACUUUUACGACCGGGGCGAGAUCCCAGUGAAGGGCAAGGGCACCAUGACCACCUUCUUCCUGACCGGGAGGGACGGCUUCACCAAGGUCCUGCCCCCUGCUGACCAGGACGUCCCGGGGUCCCCGGCAGGGAAGUGGGGGACACCAGAAGACCGUCAUCCCAUGCUCCUGCCCAGUCUGUCGGACUGUGGCAUCCACACCAGAGAGGUCAGCCAUUCUGUCCUGGUGUCCAUGCCCAUACUGACCGCCGGGGAACAUGUGAAGGACAACCAGGACGGUCCUUACCCUGCCAGCUGUACCGCUCUGUCUCAAGGAACGUCAGAUCAUGACGUGUGUUCUCCCGAUCUUAUGACACGAAGAACGUAUGUGAAAUCCAGUGUUCCACGACGGAAAGAACCUAUACAUGACGUUCAUGUCAAUGUAGUGACGUCAAGGUUUCACACCAUGCCACGUGCUUCCUCACAUGUACUUAGAGGUGCGGAACAGCAUUCCACAAACACAAACCUGGUAACGCCAGGAAGCCAUGGGUCAUGUCAUGUGGCCACGCGUGUCAAUAGCGUACCAAAUUCAGGAUAUUCGUCUCACAGCAUCCCCAGAACACUAGAAGCACAAGAUCAACGUGAUGUGACCUCACUGGUAAAUAUUGUAACAGAGUCAGGACCUUCACCUCAGAGUAACCCACCGACGCAAGGAGAAGAUUCCUAUGAUGUUAUCCCGCAGGUAAACAGUGUUACGGAGCCAAGAAGUUCUGCUCACUGCAAUAAUAUGACGACGGAAACACAGUCGCCAUAUCUUACCUCGCUAAGUGUGACAAGAACAAGACGUUCAUCUCAGGGCAACCCCACGACGUAUAGUACUAGGGAGCCACUCACUGUAAACUCUCACACUUAUCAACCAACACUUGAUGUUCCCUCCAGCAGUAGAACAUCACAGACUGAAGUUUCAAACUCGUCCUUGACCAAUAGCCUAAAAGAGCCGACACAUCGGGCGCCAGGACCUAGGUCUAAUUCAGUUGUGGGUGUUGUCAACAUGGCGUUUGAAUCAAAAGAGGAUCGAAAAUCAGCAGCGGGCUUUACGAUGAAAAGUGCCACAAUUCCACGCUGUUCUAGCAGAGCUAGAGCGUUGACCCCGCAUUUGACAUCACACAUUGACGUGGACAUGUAUGAUGAAAAACUAAAGCGACGAGUGACCCGUGUUGUUGAGAUCACACCGUUAUGACCAGCGGUAGCUCGGUUGUUGAUGUGUGAGGUUGAAGGGGAGAGGUGCCUUUCCAGCGGAGAUAGAGGGAUGGAGGUUCUGACAUGUCUUGCAUGAAGUUCUGAGAGUUCCAAAUUGCUUUAUGACACAUUCAUGCAGGAAUUUCAGGGAUCGUUUGGAAGAUUCCAAGAGGGAUAUGAGAUUGCAGGAGUUUGAGAAGAAAUUUGCACGUGUUAGCAAACUGUUCUUGACAUUCAAGAAGCAGGGUACACGUGAGUGUUUUGGAGCAGUUAUACUAACACGUGUGUUCUGGACUAACACGUUUAACUGAAACGAGAAUCUGACACUUGAAACAGAAGACGACCAUCAACACGUGUGUCCUGAAUAUUGCAGAAUUCUACACGUGAUGAACUUUAUGUAACUCCCGGUGAAUUCAACAUGUCCAGGUUAGGACGUCUGGCGAUGAUGACUUGAUGUGCUGUGCAGAUGGUCAUAAGUUUACCUACAUUUUGUAUACACGCAACUUGUCGACUGUCACACAGCAAACCAAUCACCCAAGCCAUGCGGCCAUCAAACAUUUCUCCUUGUAUUAUCAUGCAUAGAUUCCUGUGUCCACGCCCUACAUCCAGCCAGCUAUAUAUUAAAUAAACCGCUACACAUAGAUUUA